AUGUCAGACCCUGUAGAGCUAUUAAAAAGAGCUGAAAAGAAGGGUGUUCCUUCAUCGGGUUUCAUGAAACUGUUUAGCGGUUCUGAUUCAUACAAGUUUGAAGAGGCUGCUGAUCUUUGUGUUCAGGCAGCAACCAUUUACCGUCUAAGAAAAGAGUUGAACUUGGCAGGAGACUCGUUUUUGAAAGCUGCUGACUAUCAGAAAAAAGCUGGUAAUGAAGACGAAGCAGGUAAUACCUACGUAGAGGCUUAUAAAUGCUUCAAAAGCGGUGGAAACUCUAUCAACGCUGUGGAUUCAUUGGAAAACGCUAUCCAAAUUUUUACUAAUAGGGGGCAAUUCCGGAGAGGUGCUAAUUUCAAGUUCGAACUAGGAGAAAUUUUAGAAAAUGAUUUGCAUGACUAUUCGAAAGCUAUAGAUUGUUAUGAGCUUGCCGGCGAGUGGUAUGCUCAAGACCAGUCUGUGGCAUUAUCGAACAAGUGUUUUAUCAAAUGCGCAGAUCUAAAGGCUCUCGAUGGUCAGUAUAUUGAAGCAAGUGAUAUCUAUUCCAAGUUGAUUAAGAGCAGCAUGGGGAAUAGAUUGAGUCAAUGGAGUUUGAAGGAUUACUUCUUAAAAAGGGGUCUCUGUCAGCUAGCCGCUACUGAUGCAGUUGCUGCUGCAAGAACUUUACAAGAGGGGCAAAGUGAAGACCCAAAUUUUGUAGAUUCAAGGGAAUCGAACUUUUUGAAAAGUUUAAUCGAUGCUGUUAAUGAAGGUGAUAGUGAACAGCUCAGCGAGAAUUGUAAGGAAUUUGAUAAUUUCAUGAGACUAGAUAAAUGGAAAAUUACCAUUUUGAAUAAAAUCAAGGAAUCCAUCCAGCAACAAGAAGAUGAUUUGUUAUGA